UCGCUGCUCGCUGCUCCAACAAGCGGCGGUGUCACAAAGUCCUUUCAGCGGCACGUUGUCGUCUUGGCUGGAUAUUCACGGAGCUCAAAAUGGCCCAUCAAGCACUGGCACUCGAUUCCGUCUGGCUCGAUAAGUACAAGUUUGAUGAUGCAGAAGAAAACUACCAGAAAUACCUAAACAGAGCUCACCUGUCACAGGCAAAGCCGGCUCCUCAAAGUUCUCUAGUCGAUAAAAUAGCUCAAGCUCGGCAACAAAUUAAAAACUCCCUCCAGUCAGGUGACACGUUGACUAGCUCUUCCGCCGCUGCCGCGGGAGCGGUUCAGAAUAACCUGCAGAAUAUCCUUCGAGAGAAUGUGGAACUUAAGAAAGCUGUACAGGAUCUCACAGACGCCUUCAAGAAACUUGAGACCCGUGUAGGAGAGUUGGAAAAGAAGUGUUCAACAUGCCCUCCAGCAGUAGUAAAGGCUGCACUAAUCUGCCCUGCAAAGGAAGUCGUCAACCACAAGCCAGCGAAAGACACUGCAGCCGAUGACGACGACGACGUCGACCUCUUUGGAUCCGAGGAGGAUGAAGAAGCCGACAAGGCGCGCGAGGAGAGACUUAAAGCGUACCACGAAAAAAAGUCGAAAAAACCUCAAGUAGUGGCCAAGUCUAGCAUAGUUCUCGACGUCAAGCCCUGGGACGAUGAGACCAACAUGAAAGCCAUGGAGGAGCAAGUGCGAAACCUCGAAAUGGACGGACUUUUGUGGGGAGCUUCCAAGCUCGUACCUCUUGCGUACGGCAUCAACAAGUUGCAGAUUGUGUGCGUCGUUGAAGACGAUAAGGUCGGCAUCGACGACUUGCAGGAGCAUAUUGAAGGGAUUGACAUUGUUCAAAGUGUGGACAUUGCAGCCUUUAACAAGAUUUAAAUUAUGGUUUAAUAAAAUGAGUUUUUGACACUAA